AUGUUAGACGACGUACCCAUUGAAGAAGCUGAUCUCUAUAAAUACCAACGAUACCGAUGGCUGAGCCGGGAAGCUGAGAAGCUCGCAGUACGUUAUCGUAAAUUCAAGUUGCCAGCCCUUUUGGACGCUGCCGUCAACGUGACCGGUCUUAAGGAUGCCCAAUGUAUCAAGGUUCUCAAAUGCAUGGAAGGGCAAUACAAUAAGGCGCUAGUCCUGACCAUGAGUACUGGCCAAGAGAUAGUUGCUAGACUGCCAAACCCAAAUGCAGGACCGGCUUUUUACACAACUGCCUCGGAGGUAGCUACUCGUCAAUUUCUCCGUGACUACUUGGAGAUUCCAAUUCCCCGUAUUUAUGCUUGGUCCGCGGAAGACUCAAACGCAGUAGGGGCUGAGUAUAUCCUCGAGGAAAAGGCAACAGGGCAGCCAUUGGGAUCACUCUGGGAUACAUUGCCCUUACCAUCUCGGUUGGACAUUGUCAAACAAAUCGUCGACAUAGAGAAAAAGCUCGCAUCAAUCACCUUCCCCAAGCACGGAUGCAUAUACUAUCAGUCAGACCUCGAAUCGCGACACGCUACGCCAUCUUUUGCUUCGGUUCCGGACAACAAUCCUGGUUUGCCCAAAUUUGCGAUCGGCCCUCUGACUCACCCAAAGUAUUGGCAGGGUAAAAGGGCAUUGAUGGAACUCGAUAGGGGACCAUGGAAUAGCAUUGCGGAUUAUGCUGUAGCUGUUGGGAAGAAUGAGAUUCAAUGGGCCGAGGAGAACGCGCAACCAAGAAUGAACUUUCAACGGUCACCCGAGGAGCCCGAAACCCCAGGUGAUUACAUAUCGUUGCUCCAGCGAUAUACUAAGCUUGCUCCUUUCCUGGUCCCACCCUCAGCGAGCAGUGAGCAAACCAUUACAAUCUCACACCCCGACUUGCACCUUGACAACGUCUUUAUUGAUCCACAAACGAACCAUAUCACGUCCAUCAUCGACUGGCAGCACGCUUCCGCGUCGCCCAUUUUCUUACAGAGACCAUUUCCGCAGAUGCUUGAACUUUCGCGGAACCCACAAGCUGAGCGCCAAGUAAUCGAGAAGCGACUCCUGGAAUUCUAUUUUGAAGCGCUGAAGAGUACGGACCCUUUUCGCUGGAAAGUACUUGGUGCACCGUUCCAUGAUAUCAGAACGGAGCCCAUUUCACUGGUGCCUUGUUGCUGGGACCGGGAGGACCUCUUCUCCCUCCGCAAUGCAAUGAUCGCAGCUGUCGCUCGUUGGAACGAUAUAAGCGAUGGUAAAACUGAAUGUCCAAUUGGAUUCACAGAGAAGGAACUGGAGCAGCACCAAAACGAGAUGGAGCUGAUCGAAGGGGUCUCAAUGAUUCUUCACCAGCUACACGACGACGGGUUUAUCUCUCUGGGUGGAAUGGUUUCUCCAGAGCGAUAUGAAGACGCCAGGAAAUGGAACGAGUAUUUCAAGCAGGAGUUUAUCGAUUUGGCUGAAGAUGAGAAACAAAGAGAGCUACACGCCAAAGUCUGGCCGUACUAA